AUGUCGGAAUUGCUGGGGGAGUAUGAGCUUCAGCUUGCUCUGCACAAUUUCCGGAAUGUCGGUCUGCUCAACCAAGGGUUCUACGCUGUGCAAGUCAAGGUGUAUGAUGCGACGUCGCGAAGGGAGCUGCCGUUGACAUCUUGUGGACGGAAUGGGGGCGAGGAGCGCCCCUGCGAGGCACUGCUGCCAUGGACAGCCAGUCGGCAACAUCGCAUAUUCCAGACCCACGUGUUCGCGAUCAAGUACCGUGACUGGUCGGAGAAACUGGACUACGUCGCUCGCUUUCCCGUCACAAUCCGCCUUCACGACCACCCGAAGGACCAGAAAGUGAUCAUCUGCGCGCAGCUGUACUUCAAGGAGACGACGAAAGCGGAGGUCCGCGCCGGCGGUGCAGCCCCUCCUGCGUCGCCCACAGAGCUGCGCGGCGUCUCGGACUGCGAGGUCGUCGUCUCCGGCCUGUCGACAUCACCGCAGGGGUUCGUGCCCGUGUGUUUCGGGAAGUACUUCGUGUCCACCGUUGGGUGCACGGUGCACACGCGCCUCAAGCGGGUGUACGUGGGCGACAUGCCGGAACUCGAGGCAUGUCCACGCCCUCCGAGCGUUUCCACGGGGCUGUUCAGUCGGCUCUGCGCGCGUAUGAAGAAGAAGACGCCCUGGGAGCGUUUCGCCCCUCCGGGUCUGUGGGCCACCCCAGCGCUCCCGUGUGCCGACACCGGCGACAUGCGCAGCGACGUCGGGACGGCGUCCGGUGCGACGGACGAGGACGCUGCGAAGCUGCUCGGCGCCCUUGAUCCAGAGUCGCGGGCGCGAGCACUCGCUGCUCACGCAUGGUUCGCGGGAGCGAUGGACGCAGCACUCCGCGCCAUCCCCUCCAGCGCGUACGAGCCUCAGUCUCUGGCCGCGCUGCGUUCCAUGUUCACCAGUCCCGACUGGUCAGAGCACGUGCCCGGCCACAUGGCACACAAGCGCCCCCUGCCACUCUGGCGGAACCUGCGCGAUGCGCCGGCCGACGGUGCGGACGCCCUUGUGGCGAGCAAGCUAGCCGGUGACAGAGACUGGCGCUGUUUGAUGUGGAUGCUUGAGGUGGCCUCCGAAAGCGUUCUGACGACGUUCAGGCUGGAGUGGCAAGCUCAUCACACACUGGAAUGCUUGCCAUGGGUCCGCGGUCUCUGCUUCGGAUACGAUACGCCUCUGCUGCCGAAUCCGUCCGCGAUCGCUGACCUCUCGCCCAAGGCAGCGGACGCUUCGCAGUCCACCGGGGGGCCGGACGACACGUGCAUAUCCCCGCUCUCUCAACCCGACUUUGGCAGCCCUCCCGGCACGAACGGGCUUCGACGGACACAGGCCCCCAUCAGGACCGACGAGCGGCUUCCGAACGUGGCGAUCCUUUCGCCCGUGGGAUCGAUGCCGUUCGACCUUCCCGCGACGCCCGCCAGUGCGGCCUCGGAUCUCGCUCUCGUGCCCCACCGCCCAGUGUCGGGGCUCCGCUGGGGGAUGCGUCGCCGGCUGCCGGCCAGCCCGCUGGGAAACACCACUGCAGUCUCGGACCUGGACAAAGGCGCGUCGGACGGCGCUUGCGUGGACCUUGCAAAGGGCAGCGACAUCGGCGUCGAGAGAGCGGCUCAAGGGCGGCCCGGCCAUGCAACGUGCUCUGCGGUCGGCAGCGACCUCACUGCAACGAGUUUUGUGGCGAACCCGGAGGGGCGCCGCACAAGGCGCGAGCUGCUCAUGUCCCUCGCCGAAGAGUAUGUCGCUGGUAUCGGGGGCGCAGUUCACGAGGUCACAGAACGGGCUCUGCAGCAUCACUGCGGCCGCAUGGCAGUGGCAGCGUUGGACACGGAAGACGUGUCAGGGCCCGAGACCAGCGCUCUUCCAGCCGCACACGCGUCAGUCACGGGCAUCAUGCAGAUCAUGCACGCAGGCUGGUUGAACGACCCGCCAGGUGUGCCUCUGAUGGUGUUUGACGAGCCCGACAGCUCGGCAGUCCCAGGGUUCUCGCCGCGCCAGGCGUCGGAGGAUGGCUCAGGGCAGCAGAGGAGCCAGUUGCACACAGUGUCCGUUCAGGACAUUCAGCUUUCGCUCCCAGAGGCCUCGGCGGAGCCCGCUGGAGGAGCUCACGCUGUCGUGUUCGUGCACGGGCUGUACGGAGGCGUCCACGACCUGCGGCUGAUCAGGAACGAAAUGGUCAUCGCAGAGCCCGACCUCGUCACCCUCAUGUCGUCGAGUAACCAGAAGCGAACGACCGAGCCCCUACAGGCCCAGGGCAAGAGACUGGCGGAAGAGGUCGUGGCGUGGCUCGAAGCGCGGUUCACCACAGGAGGCGACAGCGACGACAAAGACGUCAAGCUACGGCGUUUGGCGCGGCUCUCAUUUGUGGGACACUCGCUGGGGACCAUCGUGAUACGCGCAGCCAUCGAGGAGGCGGUGCUUGCGCCUUGGCUCGACAAGGCGUGGAUGUAUGUGUCUGUGUCGGGUCCGCAACUCGGGUUCGUUCAGAAAGUGAGCAGCCUCGUUGCUUCCGGCAUCUGGGUCAUGAAGCACAUCCGCAGGGCGCACAGUCUCCGUGAAAUGGCGCUACAGGAUGCGCGCGACGUUCGCGAGGGAUUUUUGUACAACUUGGCGCAGAAAGAAGGUUUAGCUCGAUUCAAGCAAGUCGUCUUGCUCAGCAGCCCACAGGAUGGAUAUGUGCCAUACCACUCGUCGCGCAUGGAGCUCGGACCAGCGCUCGCGGCAGUUGCUGCGGACGACGGGGAAGGGCAUGGCAAGGGACGCGGGAGUGUUCGGCACCGCGUGUGCUGCGAGAUGAUUGAUUCAAUUUUAUCGAAGAUGGAGGCCUCGGGGACGCGACUGACCCGCGUGGAUGCAGUGUUCCCUCUCAGGGAUGCCAAGGGCCUUGACCGGCUCACGGGCAGACGCGCGCAUCUGGACUUCGUCGAGGACGUGCAUCUUUCGCACUUGCUCGUCUGGACUGUGUUGCGGCCACGACAGCUGCUAUGA